UAAAUUUUGUUAUCGAUCCCGAGUGUAUAUUUAAUGAGUUUUUGAAAUUAUCAGAAAGUUCACCAUCAAUAUUUUUUAAUGAUGAACAGUUGAUUGAUACAAGUAUAACGUUGAGUAAUCGUUAUACUCGAAUAUUUCUUUUAAUACUUCCGGUGGAAGUAAUUGUUGAGUCGAAAAUCUAA